AUGAUCCGCUCGUUUGGCGACGACGACGACGGUGUUCCGGUUUUCGAGGCUGUAAACAAGGAUUUCGCUUUGGCAAGCUUCCAAGCGUCACAUCGGGACAAUGCGAUGCAAUGGGACGUGUCCUCUGAUCUGACGCAUCGGGCUGCUAUUCACAAUAGUUCCCAAUCAAUACUUCUCCAUAUCGAUCUCCUAAUUUCCUUUACACUAUUGCUCGAUCUCCACCACUGUGAACAAUCGAUUCCUCUCUCGUCCGCACCUCGAGGUACCCACAGCAACCGGUCAGCAGCAGUGUCCAAUAAGAUCGCAUGUCAUAAAAUAAAUAUGCCUGUCUCUUUCGCGUUCUCCUCGUUAGACCUACAUUUCUGGAAGAAGCCAUCGUCCCGAAAAACGAACUCAGAGUUGGAAACAACACAGAAUUAUAGACAAACGGAUCCUACCCGAUUUUCUGUGUCACAUUCUAUUCAUCGAUCUGCACCUUCGUCAACAGCACAACAACAACAACAACAACAACAACAAGAGCAACAACAACAACAACAAACUGUCAGCACUUCCACGACAACACGUACGGAACGUGUGCAUUCAAUCCAGAAGGACUCCUAUUUUUGGGAUCAUGGUUCGGCUUGUGCAUGUCAACUUUGCCGGAGAAAAGGUGAUGGAGACGUUUACACUCGACGCAGCGCUUCGCAAGGUCGCACUGAUGUGGCAGGAUCCAGUCGUGAACAGGACGUUCUUGCAAGUACGGCACAAGAUCGGCGCAACGAUACGCCGUCAACAUCGGAUCGAAUCCGAAAUUCGAGUCAGCCACCUAUGCGGAAUGGUCACGAGCCCCCAUCGAGUACACGAUAUGAGCGGCGGACGACGUAUCGAUAUCAUUCAGAGACUCGAAUGAAUGCUGAGGAGAUGGAGAAACUGGAUCAACUUGAGCAAUGGUUAUUGCAACAACCUCUCGAGAAAAGGAAACUCGAUCUAAGCGAUCGACAAGUCGCCAUGCUAGCAGGUUUGUCUCAAAAAACAUCUACGGUUUGA